CUAACAAAACUAAAGUUACUACUCGGUAAUUUGAUUCGUGGUAGGCCUAGCUAUGUUGGUUCAAGUAUUGUAUUAAGUUGUUAUAUGAUAUAUCUAUGGUCUAGCUGGUGUUUUUUGUCGUAGACGAGACUUCAUCAUGUGAUCAUAACAGUUGUAUAUUGUGUCACAUGAUAACAACAUGGCGUUGGGAGUAGAAUCGUUACGAUGGCUUAUUGUAUGCAGUGUUCUGCUAGUGACCCUCCAUGAAAGCUGCGCCGUCAACAGCACGAGGCUCCUGGUGCUCGGGGACUGGGGAGGGGUGGACGUAGUGCCAUAUAAGACCAUUGUAGAGGUCAGCGUGGCCAAACAGAUGGGCAUUGUAGCUGACCAGUAUGCACCCCAGAAUAUUCUUGCCCUAGGGGACAACUUCUACUUUGAUGGGGUGAAGGACGUCACUGACAAACGCUUCAAAGAAACGUUUGAAGAUGUGUACACUAGCCCGUCACUGAAGAUACCAUGGCAUGUUAUCGCCGGAAAUCACGAUCACCAUGGAAACGUGUCUGCCCAAAUCGCUUAUUCAAAUGUUGACAAACGAUGGCAUUUUCCUAACUACUACUACAAAAUGUCGAUGUCUGUUCCCGGGGGAGCAACGAUGGAUAUCAUCAUGAUAGACACAGUCCUGCUCUGUGGGAACACAGGCAUGGACGAGGAGGGUGCUCAGCCCAAGGGACCGAGCAAUGUCAAAGUGGCAGACGAUCAAUGGGCGUGGAUAAGUAGCAUGCUUCAAUUGAGCACAGCUGAUUUCCUACUAGUGGCAGGCCACUAUCCGGUGUAUUCCAUAGCAGAGCAUGGACCAACAGACUGUUUGGUGAAACAACUUUUACCACUUCUGCAGAAAUAUCGAGUAACAGCCUACCUCAGUGGCCACGACCACAACUUACAGCACCUAGAGAUGGUAACCCCCGGACUUACCACCGACAUGUUCGUGGUCGGUGCUGCCAACUUCGUGGAUACAAGUACCGAGCACAGUCAGUCCGUCCCAAAAGGCUCAUCCAAGUUCAUGUGGGCCAAACCACUAGACCUUGGUGGAUUCGCUUACAUUGAAACUGUCAAAAACAACAUGACCUUCACUUUUGUAGAUGGUCGAGGUCAAUCAAUUUAUCAAAAAGUUCUCUUUCCAAGAAAAAAAUGAUGACCAUCAGUAAUACUGACCAUUAUAAAAAGGGAGUUGUUUGUAAUGUGUUCACGAAUUACGGGGAUUCUUUUUAAUCUGUUAACGAAUUACGAAACAUAUAGUAAUUGAAUACCUGUUUUAGAGUGAUUUUUAUAUGAAUUAUAUUUGCAUGAUGAAGCUGUCUAUUGUGAUAAGGUUGUAUUCACUGGAUUCGUAUAACUCCAUGAAAAUUGCCAUUGAAUUAUAAAAAAAUAUAUACAAAUGAAGAACACCCGAAUAAGGAAGUGUAAGAGUAACCUAGUAUCCGUGGUUUCAGGUGUUCAUUGUCCUAUAUAUAGGCCUAUUUAUUAUCUAUGCAAUUAAUAACACACAAGUGCCAUUCAAUAUUUAUUUCUGAUGAUUUUUAUAUAAAAUUAUAUUUGCAUGCUAUUUUUGCUGGACUUGUAUAUUGUGAUAAGGUUGUAUGCAAUGGAUUGAAUUAUAAAAUAUACAAAUUAAGAACACCCGAGUUAGGAGGUGUAAGGGAGAGUUUCCGUGGUUACCGGUGUACAUGGUCCUAUUAUUUAUUUCCACGUCAGUGCCAUUCAAUAUUGAUUUCUGAUGAUUUUUAUGUAACACUGUGAUAGAAAUACCUACUUAUAUACCGGUACUUGUCAUUUAACAUUCCAUGUCAAUCGUGUGACAGUUAUUUAGCAUUCCAUGUCAAUCGUGUAACAGUUAUUUAACACUCCAUGUCAAUCGUGUGACAGUUAUUUAACAUUCCAUGUCAAUCGUGUGACAGUUAUUUAACAUUCCAUGUCAAUCGUGUGACAGUUAUUUAACAUUCCAUGUCAAUCGUGUGACAGUUAUUUAACAUUCCAUGUCAAUCGUGUGACAGUUAUUUAACAUUCCAUGUCAAUCGUGUGACAGUUAUUUAACAUUCCAUGUCAAUCGUGUGACAGUUAUGCAAAAUUUUUAAACAUAUGCAAAUAAUGCAGACAUCCUCGUCGGUAAUGUAUUUUUCAAAACUUUACAUUUGAAUAUGAUUUAUUAUAGUAAAUGUAUUUUGGUUUGAAGCUAUGCAAUGUAUUUUACCUGUAAUUUAUUUUUAAUUGAUAUUUCAAAUUGAAUUUGAUAUGAGUGAUCCUUUUGCUGCCAUGUUGCUUCUUUUUCAUAAAUAUGUAGUUUGGCCAACGUUAAACAACAAAUAGAAACAAAAUUAUAAAAAAAAAGAUGUUAUGUAACCACGUAGUUUUAUUUUCUAAGUUAAACAUUUAAACCAAAUUUUGUGUACUUAUAUCAUUUUUAUCAAUAAGCAUCAAACGUUGCGUCCGUUGAAGUAUAUGUAUAAAGAAACAUAUUGAGUGGAAGGUCCGGUUUACUAUUAUAGUUGCAAUCACAUUGACUGCAUAUGUAACUUGUAACGAUAGUAAACUAUAAUUGUAUAUUUUAUGUAUGUAAGAACACUGUGAUAGCUGGAACCACACUUCAGUUUAACUAUCGUUACAUCUAAUGUUGUCUAUUCCACUGAAGUUUCUUUCUCAAUUUUGAAAAUUAAGAAGGUAUACAUAAGCAACCGAUUCUCGCAAUUCUUGCUACAUUUUACUCUUAUUAGUUAUCAGAGACAAAAUAUAGAACUUUUUAAACCAUGAAAAUAUAUAACUGUUAUGAAAAUAGAACAAACGUUAUGGUAUUUUGAUGUUGUAAACAUAAUUAUCAUUUUAAAUAGCAAAAAGAUAAAUGUAAAUAUUCGAAUAGUGUUGAACGCUUACAUUCCUAUAUAUUGUCUAGAAUGAAAUACAUUGUAGUUAGCUAUAUAUACGGAAAACAAUAUUUGUACGAAGUAAGAGGAUUAUAAUCAUAAUGAAUGAGGUGUUGUGGUAUCAUAGCACGUGUCCUCCUGUUUUCCUCCGUGGCCAGUAGAUGGCGCCCGUAUUUAUCUGCGAUACCGGCUGGUGGAAGGGUGAGAUAGGUGAUUUGUACAAUGUAUUUCUAUUUUAAUACGUCAUGUCUAUUUAAGUCAUGUUGAGCAAAUCAAUUAAGUAUUGAUUUUUCAAUAUAUUUUUAAAAAUUGUUAGGAAAAUAAAAGUAGUUUACA